AUGGAAAGUGACCAAGUGUCGAAUCAAAGCGAGAGACGACGGGGUCAAAGGAAUAGAGGUCGUAGAGAACGAGGUCAAGCUGAUGAUGAUUUAAAGAAUAUUAAGCUAUCCAUUCCCCCAUUUCAAGGGAAAUUUGAUCCAGAAGCCUACCUAGAGUGGGAGAAGAAAAUCGAGUUGGUCUUCGAGUGUCACAACUACUCGGAGAACAAAAAGGUGAAAUUUUCAGCAAUUGAGUUUUCUGACUAUGCGAUGAUAUGGUGGGAUCAGCUUACUACGAGUCGGAGAAGGAACGGAGAACGACCAAUCUCUACUUGGGCCGAAAUGAAAGCCGUAAUGCGUAAGAGAUUUAUACCCUCUUAUUAUCAUCGUGAACUUUAUCAAACGUUGCAGAAUCUUACGCAAGGAAAUCAAAGUGUGGAGGAUUAUUUUAAAGAAAUGGAGAUUUCCAUGAUACGUGCGGACGUGGUAAAGGAUCGUGAAGCAACCAUGGCCAGAUUCUUAGCUGGUCUUAACCGAGAUAUAGCUAACGUGGUGGAACUUCAGCGCUAUGUAGAAGUUGUUGAUAUGGUGCAUGUUGCCAUUAAAGUUGAAAAGCAAUUAAAGAGACAAAGCUCUAGCCGAACUUUUCCUAGGACCAACAACUCUCAAAGGUGGAACCAAGGCACGGGCAAGAAAGACUUUUCCAACCGCGCUAAGGACCAGCCUUUGUCUUCUAAGGUGAAUAAAACCGUUGGUGAAACCAGCAAAGGCAAAGAUGUUUCCUUGCCAAACCGCUCAAGAGAAAUAAAAUGUUUCAAGUGUUUAAGGAGGGGCCAUAUUGCGAGCCAAUGCCCUAACCGAAGCAACAUGAUUGUGCGGGCUAAUGGAGAAAUUGAAUCAGAGGAAGAAAAUGAUGAAGAACCCGAUGAAACUGCCGAAGAGGAAGACGAACUUGAAUGCGCUGUUGAUGGCGAAAUCCUCGUCAUUAAACGAAGUCUUAGUCUUCAAAGUGUUGAAAACGAACAGCAAAGGGAGAACAUUUUUCAUACACGUUGCCAUGUUCAAGGCAAGGUGUGUAGUUUGAUCAUGGAUGGCAGGAGUUGUACGAAUGUGGCCAGCACCUUAAUGGUUGAAAAACUCGGCUUGCCAACAACUAAGCAUCCUCAACCUUACAAGCUUCAAUGGCUUAAUGACGGAGGGGAGUUGAAGGUAACCAAGCAAGUUUUAGUACCAUUCUCUAUCGGUAAGUACCAUGACGAGGUUCUAUGUGAUGUGGUACCCAUGGACGCAGGUCAUAUGUUAUUAGGCUGUCCGUGGCAAUUCGAUCGCAAAGUUAUUCAUGAUGGUUUCACGAACCGCUACACUUUCAAAUUUGAUGGGAAAAAUGUAACAUUAGUUCCAAUGACGCCUCGGUAA